GUGCGCACCCACAUGCAUGUGUGUGUGUGGUCCUAGUGUAGGUGAUGUCUGCGGCCACACAGGAUGCUGACUGCGUGUGUGACUCGUGGGCAUGCAGAUGCAUGCAGACCUACGACACGUCUGGGUACAGGCUGAAGAUCACAAAGGGUCUGGCCAGGGUCCGCCGCGGGGCUCCGAGCUGGCGAGCACACCGACGGCUGGAUGGGGCGACGCUUCCUGCUCCGGUCCCUAACUCAUUAUUAAGCUCCUCGCUCUUUGCAGACGCUCCCUGCGCCUCCCCCGCUCCGGGCUGCAGCGGCGCAGGCGCCGGGCCGAGCCGAGCGCCGAGCGGGGAGCGGGCGGCCGCGCUCCGGGCCGGGGUCCCGGGGGAGCAGAUCCUCAGAAAUGGCCCUUGGUGCUGCAGGCGUGGUGGGCUCCGGGCCCAGGCACCAAGGGGGCACUGGAUGACUCUCCAGGUGCAGUACCCUGCCAUCUAUGACUCCAGGUCUUCAGCACCCACCCACUUCAGUACAGCGCCCCGGGAUGCCGUCUGGAGCGCGGAUGCCCCACCAGGGGGCGCCCAUGGGCCCCCCGGGCUCCCCGUACAUGGGCAGCCCCGCCGUGCGACCCGGCCUGGCCCCCGCGGGCAUGGAGCCCGCCCGCAAGCGAGCAGCGCCCCCGCCCGGGCAGAGCCAGGCACAGAGCCAGGGCCAGCCGGUGCCCACUGCCCCCGCGCGGAGCCGCAGUGCCAAGAGGAGGAAGAUGGCUGACAAAAUCCUCCCUCAAAGGAUUCGGGAGCUGGUCCCUGAGUCCCAGGCUUACAUGGACCUCUUAGCGUUUGAGAGGAAACUGGAUCAAACCAUCAUGAGGAAGCGGGUGGACAUCCAGGAGGCUCUGAAGAGGCCCAUGAAGCAAAAGCGGAAGCUGCGUCUUUAUAUCUCCAACACUUUUAACCCUGCGAAGCCGGAUGCUGAGGAUUCCGAUGGCAGCAUUGCCUCCUGGGAGCUGCGGGUAGAGGGGAAGCUCCUGGAUGAUCCCAGCAAACAGAAGCGGAAGUUCUCUUCUUUCUUCAAGAGUUUGGUCAUCGAGCUGGACAAAGAUCUUUAUGGCCCUGACAACCACCUCGUUGAGUGGCAUCGGACACCCACGACCCAGGAGACGGAUGGCUUCCAGGUGAAACGGCCCGGGGACCUGAGUGUGCGCUGCACACUGCUCCUCAUGCUGGACUACCAGCCUCCCCAGUUCAAACUGGAUCCCCGCCUAGCACGGCUGCUGGGAUUGCACACACAGAGCCGCUCAGCCAUCGUUCAGGCCCUGUGGCAGUAUGUGAAGACCAACAGGCUGCAAGACUCCCAUGAUAAGGAAUACAUCAAUGGGGACAAGUAUUUCCAGCAGAUUUUUGAUUGUCCCCGGCUGAAGUUUUCUGAGAUUCCCCAGCGCCUCACAGCCCUGCUACUGCCCCCUGACCCAAUUGUCAUCAACCAUGUCAUCAGCGUGGACCCUUCAGACAUUGACGUGGAGGUGGAGGAGCCAUUAAAGGGGCAGAUGAGCAGCUUCCUCCUGUCCACAGCCAACCAGCAGGAGAUCAGUGCUCUGGACAGUAAGAUCCAUGAGACGAUUGAGUCCAUAAAUCAGCUCAAGAUCCAGAGGGACUUCAUGCUAAGCUUCUCCAGGGACCCCAAAGGCUAUGUCCAAGACCUGCUCCGCUCCCAGAGCCGGGACCUCAAGGUGAUGACAGAUGUAGCUGGCAACCCCGAAGAGGAGCGCCGGGCUGAAUUCUACCACCAGCCCUGGUCCCAGGAGGCCGUCAGUCGCUACUUCUACUGUAAGAUCCAGCAGCGCAGGCAGGAGCUGGAGCAGUCGCUGGUUGUACGCAACACCUAGGAGCCCGGGAAUAAGCAGCACGACGGACCUUCUGGCCGCACCCAGAGCUCCAGCGCUCCGCCCCAGGCUCUGGCAUCACUCCUCUGCCGCUUUGGGGUGCAGGGCUGGAUUAAAAGUUAUUCAUCUGACA